AAAGAAAAAACUGUUGUCAAACCAGCGAUCUAUGGGUCCGUUAGUCAGAAGCUAGAGGUAAAUCAGAUCAUCAUCGUUCAGAUUCCAAAUCGACGAUCACUAUUCGAAACCUCCCGUCAUGACUACUCCGGCGAUUUCAGGAGGCACGAGCUUGUUUAGUGGAUUGACUCGGCUGUGCAAGGGUCUUGCGGUAGUACUUGUCGGCGGACACAUUGUGGUUCAGAUCUUACCUUCUUCUCUCACUUAUCUUGCUCUCAUCCCCGCCAGGACAAUCCCCUUUGUUUGGAAUGUCAUAACAGCUGGUUACAUUGAACAAUCAGUCCAUGGCGUGGUCAUCAGCACAAUCGGCCUCCUUUUCAUUGGGAAGCUGCUUGAACCCAUAUGGGGUUCUAGGGAAUUCUUCAAGUUCAUCUUUGUAGUUAACUUCUUGACUUCUGUAUGUGUUUUCAUUACAGCUAUUUCGUUGUACUACAUAACAAUGCAGGAAAAUUACCUUUACAUGCCUCUUUCUGGCUUCCAUGGGGUCCUCUUUGGAUUCUUAGUUGGCAUUAAGCAAAUCAUACCUGAUCAAGAGCUGUCUUUGUUGAGAAUAAAAGUGAAGUGGCUUCCUUCACUUGCGCUAAUGUUGUCCAUUGUUGUAAGCUUCUUUACAGCUGAGUCAGCAACAUACCUUCCAACAUUAAUAUUUGGCACAUAUAUGAGCUGGAUCUACCUUAGAUAUCUACAGAAGAAUCCAGAAACAAAACUCUGGGGUGAUCCAAGUGAUGAGUUUGCAUUUUCCACAUUCUUCCCUGGUUUUUUAAGACCAAUCAUUGAUCCCAUUGCUUCAAUAUUUCAUCGGAUGCUAUGUGGAAGAUCUGAAACUUUGAAUGAUGGGACCGGGGGUUAUACCUUGGGUGGUAGUGCCCCAUUGCCUGGUUCUGACUCCAUUGAGUCUUCUAGGAGGAGAGAAAGGGGUGCUCGGGCACUGGAAGAAAGAUUAGCAGCUGACGGGUUGGUUGCAGGAGGGAAGCCAGAAGAAACAUCCAAAAAAGAUGCUGCAGAGAACGUUUGAAGUCAUGAAACCCAACUUUUCAAAUCCAAACGUCCAAGAGAAAUGUUUCUAUGCUUUAGUUACUUGAGAGAGGUUGUGCGCUAUUGGAUCACUUUCUGGAUUCCCGAGGACAGUUUCGUCCUGUGGAUUAUGAUCCACUUUGGUACAAAAUAUUUUAUGUUUUGUAUUGCAGUUACUUGCGCAACGAUAUGCAUCUGUGCCCCUUUUCAUGAUUGUAUAAAAGUUCGACACAUCCGACACCAUUUUCCCAUUACCAUCAAGAUAAUGUAGAAACUUGUUCUCUUCAAUUGUCUGAGGCUGUAAACCGAAAGGUUCUUUACCAUUUGUUAUUUUAGCUUUGUGUUCCUUUUUCACAAAUGUUUUCUUCUCCUCAAAUUGAAUAUGUUUUGCCUUCUUUCUCAUCCAUUUGUAACAAUUAAACAUUGAUUGGACCGUGUGUUGUCAGACUUUUUCUACCGUAUGUUCACAACUCA